GUUGAGAACCAACGUGGACUUAACCCUUUUUACGCACGAGGUUUACAGGAGUUACCACUUCUUAUUCCUUUUGUCAUCGGCUUUUUCAUUUGACUUUUGUCGGAUAUCUGACGGACUGAAACAUAACGUCUGCCUUCGUCAGGAGAUAUGAUACUCAGGAGGUGUCUCUUCUUGCUGCUCUUAUCAUUUAAUUUCCUCCACGCUUUACCUCAAGAUGGUGAGCAGGAGGAUGAGACCUUAUUCGACUUGUUUGAAAUCACCCACAUUUCUCGCAAGACCCUGGGGGCCAAACAGUUUCGGGGCCAAGACUCAGAAGCCCCAGCUUUCCGCUUUAUCCGCUUCGACCACCUGCCCCCAGUGAGCACCCCCAUACUAAAACAAAUACUACGUCAGAUUCAAAACAAUGAGGGCUUUGUGUUUGUGGCCAGCAUCCGCCAGGACCGCGCCUCAAGGGGCACCCUGAUUGGUUUGGAGACCUCUGAUGGCAGGCGGCAGUUUGAGAUUGUGUCCAACGGACGUGCCAACACUCUGGACCUGGUGUACUGGGUGGACGGCUCCCAGAACGUGGUUUCGUUUGAGGAUGUGGACCUUUCUGACUCACAGUGGAAGAAUAUCACACUUCAUGUUCAUGGGGAAAAUGCAAACCUGUUUGUUGGCUGCAGCCUGGUAGACAGCUUCAUCCUGGAUGAGCCUUUCUACGAGCACCUGCAGGCUGAGGGAAGCCUCAUGUAUGUUGCCAAGGGAUCCACCCGGGAGAACCACUUCAGGGGCCUCCUGCAGAAUGUGCGUUUUAUCUUUGACACCACAGUGGAAGACAUCCUGCUGAGCAGAGACUGCGAGGUCCUCAAACAAGAUGAUGCCAAUAUUGUGAGCGAGAGCAGAGAAAUUGUAGAUGUGAGUCCUUCCAUCACCACAAACAUUAUCGGUCAGAAGACAGACGAUGUGGGCUCAGAUAUGUGCGAGCGCUCCUGCGAGGAACUUAGCACCAUGUUCCAGGAGCUCAAUGGCCUGCGUGUUGUCGUCAGCAACCUUAUUGAUGGCUUGCAAAAAGUGACAGAGGAGAACACAGUCAUGAAGGAGGCCCUUGGGAAGAUGAAGAAGCCAAAAGAGAAAAACAUGUGCUGGCAGGAUGGCCGCCUCUUCGAUGAUAAGGAAGACUGGGUUGUAGACAGCUGCACCAAAUGCACCUGCCAGGAGUCCAAGAUUGUGUGUCACCAAAUCACAUGCCCCCCAGUGGCCUGUGCCAGCCCGUCAUUUAUCGACGGAGAGUGCUGCCCAGUGUGUUUGCCGAUAGACAGUGAGGAUGGCUGGUCUCCCUGGUCAGAGUGGACGGAGUGCACAGUCACCUGCGGGACAGGAACUCAACAGAGGGGUCGGUCAUGUGAUGCAACCAGCAACCCCUGCAGCGGAUCUUCUAUUCAGACCCGCAAGUGUAGCCUGAGCAGAUGCGACAGCCGUGUUCGUCAGGACGGAGGGUGGAGUUUGUGGUCCCCAUGGUCGUCCUGCUCAGUGACCUGUGGAGAAGGACAGAUCACCAGGAUACGACACUGCAAUGCUCCCAUGCCACAACUGGGGGGUACAGAGUGUGAGGGGAAUGGGAGAGAGACUCAGCGCUGCACUGCAGAGCCCUGUCCAAUUGAUGGUGGUUGGGGUCCUUGGUCUCCAUGGGCAACCUGUUCUUCAACAUGCGGAGGAGGGAUCAAAAGUCGGGCGCGUGUGUGCAAUAGUCCUCAACCUCAGUAUGGUGGCAAGAAAUGUAUCGGGGAGGCUGAGGACAGUGACAGCUGUAACAAAAAAACCUGUCCUGUUGAUGGCUGUCUGUCUAAUCCUUGUUUUGGGGGAGUGGAUUGCAACAGCUCUCCAGAUGGAUCCUGGGAGUGUGGCCCAUGCCCUGCUGGUUUCCGUGGAAAUGGUACCCACUGUGAAGAUAUCAAUGAAUGCGACAUGGUCUCUGAUGUUUGUUACAAAGGGAGUGGAGUGCAGCGCUGCGUCAACACCAACCCAGGGUUUCACUGCCUGCCCUGUCCGAAGCGCUACAAGGGCACCCAGCCUUUCGGUAUGGGUGUGGAGGCUGCAAAGAAGAACAAACAAGUGUGUGAGCCAGAGAACCCAUGCAAGGACAAAACCCACAACUGUCACAAAUAUGCCGAAUGCAUCUACAUCAGCCACUUCAGUGACCCUAUGUACAAGUGUGAGUGCAGGACUGGUUACGCUGGAGACGGCUUUAUUUGUGGAGAAGACUCAGAUUUGGAUGGCUGGCCCAAUCAGAACCUUGUGUGUGGUGCCAACGACACCUAUCACUGCAAGAAGGAUAACUGCCCUAGCCUUCCCAACUCUGGACAAGAAGACUUUGACAAAGACGGUCAAGGAGAUGCUUGUGACAAGGAUGACGACAAUGAUGGAAUUCUCGACGAAAGGGACAACUGCCCCUUACUUUACAAUCCUCGCCAGUUUGACUUUGACAAGGAUGAAGUUGGCGACCGCUGCGACAAUUGUCCUUAUGAGCACAACCCUGCUCAAAUAGACACCGACCACAACGGAGAAGGGGACGCCUGCGCAAUAGACAUUGAUGGAGAUGAAAUUCUGAAUGAGGCCGACAACUGUCCCUAUGUGUACAACACUGAACAGAAGGACACUGACAUGGAUGGAGUUGGUGACCAGUGUGACAACUGUCCAUUGUUACACAACCCCGACCAGACUGACGUGGACAAUGACUUGGUUGGAGAUCAGUGUGACAAUAACCAGGACAUCGAUGAGGACGGCCAUCAGAACAACCUGGACAACUGUCCCUAUGUGGCCAACGCCAACCAGGUGGACCAUGACAAGGACGGCAAAGGAGACGCAUGUGACUAUGAUGAUGAUGAUGAUGGUAUACCUGACGACAAGGACAACUGCAGACUGACACCCAACGAAGACCAGAUGGACUCUGAUGGCGAUGGGAGAGGAGAUGCCUGCAAAGACGACUUUGACAACGACAGUAUUCCAGAUAUUCUUGACGUGUGUCCGGAGAACAAUGCCAUCAGCAUCACAGACUUCAGAAAGUUCCAGAUGGUCCACUUGGAUCCUAAGGGAACCACUCAAAUCGAUCCCAACUGGGUGGUCAGACAUCAGGGCAAAGAGCUGGUCCAGACUGCCAACUCUGAUCCAGGCCUCGCAAUCGGUUUUGAUGAGUUCAGUGCUGUGGACUUCAGCGGAACGAUGUACGUGAACACGGACAGAGAUGAUGACUAUGCAGGUUUUGUGUUCGGCUACCAGUCGAGUGGGCGCUUCUAUGUCGUGAUGUGGAAGCAGAUCACGCAGACUUACUGGGAGGACAAGCCCUCGAAGGCCUUCGGCAUCUCCGGUGUUUCACUCAAAGUGGUCAACUCCACCACUGGCACAGGAGAAAACCUCAGGAAUGCUUUGUGGCACACGGGCAACACUGCUGGACAGGUGCGGACUCUGUGGCAUGACCCCAAAAACAUUGGCUGGAAGGAUUACACCGCCUACAGGUGGCAUCUCAUCCACAGGCCAAAGACUGGUUUUAUAAGGGUUGUGGUCUAUGAAGGUAAACAGAUCAUGGCUGACUCAGGACCAGUUUAUGACAAGACGUUUGCCGGAGGAAGGUUAGGCUUGUUUGUCUUCUCACAAGAACUGGUGUUCUUCUCCGACCUCAAGUAUGAUUGCAGAGAUAAGUCGGAGUGGCCAACAGUGUUCAUAAGAUAACUGAAUCAAGUCUGAUAGAACAAAACGUCAGGAGGCAAUAGACAAGAAUUCCUCAAAGUAAACAUCACGUCAUCGCCAAAUCCAUUGCAGCGUAAAUGAGACUUUCCAUACUUCUCCAUGCUUUGCCUUGAACCGGGGAAAGCAUGGCUGUUGACUUGUACAUUUCUGAAGCUGGGAAAGAAGAACUGGUGGGAUUGGACACGUUUUUUUGUUGUUGAAAAAAAGCAGAUUAUCUAAUUAUACCUAUGUCUACAUUUAAUAGGGUUUAUUGUACAACCACUUACACGCUGUUAAUGCUUUCCUUCAGUUUGUAAUAACUUGUGACUCUUUAAUACAUUUGUGUCUGUUUGGUGUUACGAGGCUCAUUCAUGGCUAAUCAAACAGUUUAUACAAACAUAAACUGUAACCAAAGCAUAACAUUCCUAUUUAUCCAUUCUUUUCAUCCUGAAUGUUUUUUACAGAAAAUGAUUUAAAUAAGCCAUUUUAGUAAAUGCCAAAGAUGUUUAUACUAAGUCUGUAUUAUAUUUCCUUUUUGUAAAUUAUUUAUGCUCUGCUUGUUUUGUUUGUUGGCAUUUUUUGCUAGAGUUUGUAAAUAAUUAUUUAUUUGUUUACACUGACAAAACGCAUAAUUGAAUAUCACAAUCACAAGAUAACACCAAAUAGUAUUGCAAGAUGUGUAGUAUUGUCAUGCAUUUCCUUCACUUGUUAGUUUUUCAAAUGUUUCACAUCAACUGUAGCAUAAGGCUUUGGAGAGGAUAAACAUCAGCUGUGUUUAUGUGUGUGAUAGUCGCUGCCAGAGGAAGUUAAUUCUGGUUACACGUGUGUUUCAAAAAGCUAAUGUUUGUUUUCUUGGCUGUACAGGAAGGGCUUCAUUGUCCUCAGAGUGAUAUAUUUCUUUUGUACACGUGGAACAUUUUUCAGUACUCCUACACGUCUAUAGGAACUUAAAAUAGUCCAUCUUCAAAAAAAGGCACGGUAGCUUUUCCUCUAUGAUAUUGAAACACAAUAUGUCAUACUAAAAAAAAGAAAGCACAUCCAGGUUUCAAAGUCAGUGGAAUGGUAUUGAAAUGAAAUGAAAUGCAGUUUAAUUGCCUGAUUCCUAAGUACUGCCUGAGAGACAUGUCACAUAUCACAACAGCUAAGAGUCAUGAAAAUGAAUCACAGUGAAAAUAUUCUAUACAAAUGCCUUUUUCAUUUUUAUGUUAGUCACAAAUCUCACUUAUGAAUGUUUUGAAGCUUUACAAGUGUUGUUGGAAAUGGAAUCCAGAUGAAGGUCUCUAAAAACAAAGUUUGACUGUGUAGUGUGUACAGCCGUGUUGUUGUAAGUCUGUGUAACAGCCGUGCUCUUCCACGUUUGGUUUCCAUCUUGUUCAUUUUGUUGAGAGUUUGCAAUGCACAAAAUGUUAACGAUUUUUUUGCAUACUUGUGUUGUUAGAUAUACAUUUUCUACAAACUUCAGUGUAAGAGUGUUCUGUUUUCAUAAAUAAAUCUCUUGU